CCCCACUCCACUCAUACUAUUGAGACAAGGAAAUCCUCUCUCUCUCUCCCUCAAUCACUCUCUCGGCCAGCACAACCCAAGCAAGAAAAAAAAAGAAAACCUCCAUCCUCCUUUCCAAUCCUUGAAGAGAGCUCCAACAUUAGGGAUCCAAGGGGAAAGAUUAAAGGGAGAAAAAGCUAGGAAAAGUGAGAAAGAUUAAGAAAACCUCCAUCCUCCUUUCCAAUCCUUGAAGAGAGCUCCAACAUUAGGGAUCCAAGGGGAAAGAUUAAAGGGAGAAAAAGCUAGGAAAAGUGAGAAAGAUUAAGGAACUUGAUUUAAAGUAUUUUGAGCCUCGCCGGAGUUUCGCCGGAGUUGGUCAAAGUUCGCCGGAGUUGGUCAAAGUUCACCGGAAACUAGUCAAAGUUCAACCGGGGAGCGUAGAACGCGCGGGAGCUCACUUAAGUUUCAGGUCGGGAUUAAAGCUUGCCGCUACCGCCCGUUGCAUCGGAGAAUUCAAGAGAAGAAGACGUGCAGGAUUGGAGAGUGAUCUGAAGAUGUCUUAUUGAGAUGGCUAAUCUGAAUGGUAUCAUACAACCCCAAGAAUGAAGAGUUAAAUAAAACCCUAUCCAAUCUGCGCCACACUCUUCCAUUGGGUCUAACCCCAGACCAGGUAAAAGGAGAUCCAAUGAAAGGUUUGCUAAUAACUCAGAAUCCGUCUGCGAUGAGGAAUUCCGUUGCAGGAGAGCAUUGAUUUUAGAGACGGAGAAAUACCUUCUGUAAUGGAUUCAUGCUUGUGAAAAGAAGGCAAAACAAAAUCUGUAUGUUGAAGAUUGGAAGGUUCAGGAUGGUCCCCAGUUUCAGUGAAAACCUCUUCCACCUCUGUAUCAGAUUCCACUGGAACCUUAGAAGUUGAAGGGAUAUCCGUUGGCUCGAUUUGCUGAAUCACUGGCUCCAUCACAAUCGAUUUUCCUUUAUCGACAAGAGUUGGGUGACUUGUAGUAUUAUUAAGGACCUUUGACUUGAAAAGAGCAGCUUUGGAUGUGGUAAAACUUCCCUUGCCAGAAUAAGGAAGAUGGAGAGACUUCUACAUAUGACAAGGACCAGUCUGCCAAUGAAGUACCUAGGGUCAUCCCUGCACAAAGGUAUCAACAGAAAGAAUUAUUGUAAGGACAUCCUUCAAAGCUUUGAUAAAAAAUUGACUAUUUGGAAACAGAGGAAUUUAAGCUUUGGAGGAAGGCUUAUUUUAAUCAAAUAUGUCUUAAAUACUAUCCCUUUACACACUCUGGCGGUAGACACACUUCCCAAGGCAGUUAGUAAAUGUUUGGAAAAGAAAAUGUCACAUUUUCUUUGGGGCUCCAAUGCUACAAAAAAUAAAUUUCACUGGAUUAGAUGGAAGGAUAUUUGUUUGCCUUAUGAUGAAGGUGGUCUGAAUAUAAGGUCCCUUAUUGACAUUGAAAAAGCUUAUUCUUUGAAGCUUUGGUGGAAAUGGCGAUGUAAUAAAUCUUUUUGGGCCACCUUUUGUAAUGCUAAAUACCCAAGGGGCACAAAUAUGAUACCAAAGCAAGCAGAUUCAAAUAUUUGGAAACGGGUUUGCAGAAUUCAUGAGUUGGGGCAAGCUCUUAGUACACACAAUCAGGAUGGGGAACUAUUGUGGUUACCAGAAAGUGAUGGCAGGUUCACUUUAUCCUCAGCAUUUCAUAGUGUGAGAAGAACCAGCAGUUCUAUUUUUUCCUUCAAGCAUGCCUGGAAUAAGUAUCAACAUAAUCAAGUUCAAAUUUUUCAAUGGAAAGCUCUUAAUAGAAUACUUCCAUUUCCAGAUAACAUGAGUAAGUUCAACAUUGCUGUCUUCCCUACUAGAUGCCCCUUUUGUAAACAGGACUCAGAUUUGAUGGAUCAUGUGUUGGUUAAUUGUUCUUUUAGUUUGGAAAUUUGGAAAUACUUUCUUGGGGUGUUUGAAAUACCUAUUCCUAUUAUUCCAAUUUCUCUGAGACAGAUGCUCAUUGCAUGGUGGCUGGAAGCUGGGAAUAGAAGCCUUAUAGAUGUGUUUAAGUAUAAUAUGGCUGGAAUUAUUUCUUGGCAUAUUUGGAAAGUUUACUGUCGAAUUAUUUGGGGUGGGGAGGAUGUUGUUCUAAAUUGGCAGAUCACUAUUAGACAAAUCAAAUCCUUCUCUCAGAAUUGGGCUGAAGUGAAACUUCAUAGAGCUAAAUUUGGUAAGCCUACUUCAAUCCUAUAUGAAGAGGGGUUUCUUGCCUCAUCUUUUCGGACUAAGAAAUCAAGGAUUAGAGCUAUCAGAUGGGAGUUACCUGAGAUGGAUUACAAGCUAAAUAUCGACGCGUCCUACAGGUCCGAUGGUGCUUCAGGUGGAGCGGUAUUAAGAUCCAGGUCAGGUGAGUUGGAGGUAGCUUUUCAUUUUCCUAUAUCUGCAACAUCAGCUCUAGACGCGGAAAUGCAGGCGCUUCAUCUUUCUGUUCGUUGGGCGGUCAAGAAAGGAUUUCAGGCGGUGGAGGUAGAGACGGAUUCAUUGGUGGCGGUAGAUGAAAUUUUGGGAGGUAAGAUGGAGGGACGGUGGUCGAAAAUGGUAGAGGAUCUAAGAAGGUGGAAGGUUAGUUCGAAUCUGUAUUUCAGGCAUAUACCACGUGAGAUUAAUUGGACUGCUCACUUCCUCUCCAAGAUUAAAUCUGUUGAUCUGGUUAUUUUUAAUAAUGCUAGACAACUUCCACUUAAUUCAUAUUAGACGCACUUUAAUUGCUGAUAAAUUGGGUCUGAGCUACUUUAGUUUCUUUUAACAGUUUUCAAUAGGUGUUUUUCGAAAAGGGGAAUGCCCCUUUGGAGGAGGUUUCGGUAUAGUCCCCCUCUUCUGAUUGUACUGGUUUUGGAUUAUCAAUAAAAUACCGGCAAACGUUCCCCGGCGUUUGCCCCACUGAUUUUGGUGGUUGGCCUUCCGGGAUAAAA